AGGCCACUUGCAAACGAUGCGAUCUCCAGUAAAGUACCAACAUUAGUAACUUUUCAUCCAAAUUCAGCGUUAUUGUACAACUUUUAAUUUAUAGCGCAUUGUGUGACACUUUGUUUAACGUUACUGAUAACAGUUUAAAUAUUUUGCUCGUGCCUUGAAGAAACCACCAAGGAUCCCGUCUGUUAAAAGUGGUGGCAAAAAACUAUAAGACUAGUGAAAAAAUUGACUGUGAUACAGUGCGACUCAAAUCUUUGAUUUCCACACUUCAUGGUUCCACAACUUCGUAAAUAAUUCCCGUGAGAAAAAUUAUUACCCAAUUUUAAUACAUUAUCAAGCCGGUGUUUUGUGGUCUUGAUAACCCUUAUCUCACUUAUCUUAAAAAUAAUCCAGGAAGUUUUCCUGAAAAAAUCGCGAUUCCUGCAGCGCAUGCCUGCGUAUUCCUGCAGGGUUAGUGAAACAUCAACCCUCUUCAGUUUUCAGCCGUGCUGAAAUCUGCACCGUUUCAGUGCAAGUGCAGUGUGUAAACACGAUCAAUACAAGCGGAAAACAUGUCGGCAACGAGCACCCCUAGGCGAAAACCCGGAUUUCCCGGAUCCCUCACCGACUUGCACAGGUUCCGCAAGACUGUGCACGGACACGACGGCUCCAGCAGGAUUGUUAUGGUCAGGAAGACCGACCAGAGGACUUUCGCAUCCAUUGAAAAGGGACAGGAACCGAAAUUAGAGACGAUUACGCGUGAAACGAUCGAAACAUUCCGCGGGCAACGGACCGAAUGCAAAAUCACCACAGAGAAGAAAGGCUGUGAAGACAAGUUCCCGCCUGAUUUAAUCGAAUCAUUACAAGUAUCGCGAACCCCGAAGCGAACUCUUUCGAAUAAAAAGAAACGAAAUCCAGUUAUGGACUUCCAACAAGAGUGCCUUGCGGCUCAUAACGAGUACCGAAAACGUCACGGAGUCCCUCCAUUGAAACUUGACAAAGACAUGUGCAAAGUUGCCCAACAGUGGGCGAAUCAUUUAGUCAGCAGAAAUAUACUCCAACAUAGCAAUAACAAGGAUUUUGGCGAAAAUUUAUUCUGCAUGACUUCGUCAAACCCCAAUGUUACAGUGUCAGGGAAAGAGCCAGUGGAUGCCUGGUAUGGCGAGAUCAAAGACCAUACUUUUGGUGUGGAACCGACUAGCCUAGCUUCGGGACAUUUCACUCAAGUUGUGUGGAAAAACAGUGCUAAACUAGGCGUAGCGUUUGCUAAAUCAGGUGGACGGGUUGUGGUAGUUGCCAAUUAUGACCCCCCAGGAAACUAUGUGGGGAGUUUUAGCAAAAACGUACCACCUGUUGGUGGUUUUUCGCCAAAUAAUAACAACAACAACAACGAUGACUGUUCUGAAGGACUUUCAAAACUGACCAUUAGUAACGGUACCAAACCCAGUACUACCAACAAAGACGUGAAAAAUGGUACCGAAGGAAAUUUCGAGCAAGACUUUAUCAAUGCCCAUAAUGAGUACAGAAAACGGCACGGUGUCCCUUCUUUAAAACUCGACAAGAAACUGUGCAAAUACAGCGAAGAAUGGGCAAAACACCUAGCGGCCAAAAACAUCCUCGAACACCGUCCUAGUUGUAACUACGGCGAGAAUAUCUUUUGUAUGUCGUCGUCAGACCCGAAUUUUACCAUUUCUGGGAAUACUCCCGUGGACCAUUGGUAUGAAGAAGUGCGUUUUCACCCAUUUGGGCGCGAACCCAACAGUCUCAAAUCCGGGCAUUUCACGCAAGUUGUGUGGAAAUCGAGCGAGUUGCUGGGUGUUGGGGUGGCUAAAAAUAGCCAAGGGAGUAUUUACGUAGUAGCGAACUACUCCCCAGCUGGAAACUUUGUUGGGCAUUAUGUUGAAAAUGUCCCACCACUCACUUCAACCAAAACCGGAACUACUGAUAAGAAAGUUGCUUCUCCGCAAGGAGUCAACAAUGAGGGGUUUGCCCAGUUUGCGCUAGAUGGGUUGAAAGUGCAUAAUGAGUACAGGCGGAAACAUGGAGUUCCAGACUUGAAACUCAACAAAGAGAUGUGCGACUAUGCGCAAGAAUGGGCCGACACUUGCGCGAAAAGCGGGAGUAUGUGCCACCGUGCCAACAACCCCUACGGGGAAAAUAUCUUCUGUGUGUACUCUUCUGAUCUGACUCACGUGCCCUCUGCACGUGACGCCGUUAAAGAAUGGUACGACGAAAUCAAAAAACACACUUUCGGAGUGGAGAGUGUGAAUCAUGGUACUCUCCAUUUCACCCAAAUUGUUUGGAAAGGUUGCACCGAUUUGGGAAUGGCAAUGGCCAGUAACAACAAAGGAGAGACCUACGUCGUUGCAAAUUACAAUCCUCGAGGCAACUACGUUGGCCAGUUCGUUGAUAACGUGCCUAGACCACGAUUCUGACCUUUGAAGAAGUAAUUUUAUACAACAUUCCAUUAUUAAGCCAAAGAAUUUUGUAUUUUUAUUUUUAUUAUCAUUAUUAUUUAUUAGACGGUAUGGUUAUAACAAAAUAUUCCUGAUAAGUAUUAUAUUGUAUGCAAUCGAUAGUGAGAGUUAAGCAUUCAGCUCAUACCAAAGAGCGGUACACUGUACAUAAAUAAUCACUUGUAACAAUCAAUGUUCUUGCAAAUUCGGUCCAUUUUUUGACUGUGAUUCUUAAAGACUGUCCAAGUUGUUGCAACUGUUUAAUCCGUCAGCGUUUCAAUACCACGAGCUUAUCACUCAGUUGCUGAUUUAAAUUAUUCGGAAAGCGUUUAACUAACAAUGCGAUAACCACUCUGUGAUGUAGAUCAAUUAUCUGUUGCUUUAAACAGAACACUUUGUUAAAGUUAUUAGCAAACUAUUUCGAGUAGUUAGGUAUUGUAUUUGUGAGGUUCUUCCAUUGUUGAAUUUUGUAACACCCUAAGAUAAUCGUUCAAUUUUUAUAUAUGCACAGUGUUAAUUAAGGAAAGUGAUGUUUUUCAACUUCUAGUACAAAUUGUUGAUGUUUACCUAAUCAAUACUAACAUUAUUAUUACUAUGACGUGUUUGUUCAUACGGGCAAUAAAAAUAAAAUUGUAAAGUAAAAAAA